AUGGUCCGCUCCCUCGUGCUGACCGGUGCCGUUCUCCUUUGCUGCGGGGCACUCUUCAGCGCUUUCGUUCCGGCAGUUCGCAGUUCUCCGGCACCGACUGGCACGGCCGGGACGGUAGCAGCCCUCAGUGCGGUCACGCUCGUGGCUCCGAACCCCGCUUUCGCGGACGAGGGUGCCGUGUGGAUCCCUGCGCUCUCCGCCAUCGGGGCAG